AUGCUGCUGAACUUCCGUGGCGCUUUGAAGCUUUCUCCAGCAGCCAUUCUUCUUGGGACGUCUUUCAACAUACUAGAAGCAGUGUCCAUUGGCUUGCUAAUCUUUCCACCAUCAGCGCACGGGGCUGCCUUUGCUAAUCUACAGAGCCAGGCGAUGUCUCUGUACAUCAUGAGCACUGUCGUCUCCCAAAUCACUCUCACCUGUGGGGGGUCGAGUAUGCCGAGCGCCUUAGGCUCGAUGCUGGCGGAGGCACUCCCAUUUUUGAGGAGCAUUGCCACUUCCAUCCAGCAGGAGUUGAGCCCGGAGCAUCCUGGCGUGCUUCCGACAACAAUGGUCGCAUAUGCAUUGACGAGCCUCCUGCUGGGGGGCGUGUUCUUUGCACUUGCAGCAUUGCGCUGUGGUAGACUCACGGGAUACUUUCCUCGAACAGUCAAGACUGGUGUAGUUGGCGCUGUGGGUGUCUCCCUAUUUGUUCUAGGGCUUGAGAUUCCUUUUUCUUCCAAAUCGGCCCACCUGAGCUACAAGACUCUCUUCGAAAAGAGUCAUUUGCCUUUGCUGGCUGCUUCUCUAGGGCCAGCCGUUCUACUUUCUUCAUCAGGUCGCCUUUCCUGCCUUGAACGAAUACCGAAGAAGCCGACGAAGCAUCCGCUCUAUAUACCGCUAUUUUGUUUUGCUGUGGCGGGUGUGUUUUGGCUCGUCGUAGCGACAUGCAAAGACGCUUCCAUGAAAAAGCUUGUCUCAGCUGGCUGGCUCUUCAGUGUAGAGCAUAGAUCCACUCAGGCUACCGCCGCAGCCGAGUGGGACUACUGGGCCCUAUUCAACUUCAACAAGGUCGAAUGGUACGCCUUGUCGGCUGGAAUCCGUGAUAUCAUACUACUCGUUUUGAUUGGCGCCCUGAGCUUACCAAUUUUUGCCUCAGAAGCGCUUCUGGAACGGGGCAAGUCGGACAACAGCAUGAAUCACGAGUUUGUUGGCCAUGGUAUCUCGAAUACGAUAGCUGGGGCGAUUGGCACUCUGCCUAAUCUCUUCGUGCUUUCGAACUCUCGAUUCUUCUAUCGUGCCACAGGCCGCCGCCCAGAAGCCGCGUUGAUUGCGCUUCUCACGCUUGCAUUCUUCUUUUUUUCAUUCCGCGUCCUGCCUUAUGUACCGACCAUACAGGCCUCGGCUCUUGUGCUCUUCGUUGGCAUCGAGCUGAUGCUGGAAGCGUUGUGGGAUUCCACAGCGUCACUUACUAGCUGCGAGUGGACCGUCGUCGCGAGCACUACAAUCGCUUGUACUUGGCUUGGAUUCGCACCGGGAGUGGGGGUAGGAUUUGCAGUUGUUGUAACCCUGCAAUUUUGCUACCACAUCCUCGAUUCGCGACCCCACGUGACACAACUGUGCACACACGUACCGUUGAGUGCGGUGCCAUAUAUUCCAUCAUUUUUCUCUCAGAUGUCUUUUCCUGGCGAUCUGUCGAAAGAAAUGGGCUAUACGGUUACAGAGCUGCAGUCUUCGUCGUCUACAGCUCGGCUAAUGCUGCCAGUCGUGGUAAGCCUCAAGGGACGCAUCAGCUCUUCUGCUAUUCCUUCAUUAGACCAGAUCUUCGGACGAUAUUGUCAAUCUUCGCAUAUCAUACUCAACUUGGAAGCGGUGGAUUCAGCUGAGACCAGCGUCGCAGAGUAUAUACAAACCCAAGCUAAGAAAACACAGGACACUCUCUUCUUCAGCAUCGUGGUUUCUCAUACCCAGCUAACACUGAAGAGUGAUUUGGAGCGGGGCAAAGUGGAUUGUAGCUAUAGCGUAGCCACUCCGCCAGUGGUUAGUGCUCCUGCAUCUGUUAGUCAGAAGCAGCUCCGAGUAUACGACACGCUGGAAGACGCGAUUUGUGGUCUACGAUACGAGCACCGGUCAAGCUCUUCCUUCUUGCCCGCUAACAGUCUCACUGCAUUGUGCAAGACGAUCUUGCAUCAGCACAACAGGAAUAACAAGCAAUUCACACUUCCCGAGCUGCAUUCGGCAGGAACAGUGGUGAGAGUCCUCGCAUGUGGUGAGACAAUUGCUUGCUCUGAGUACCCGUUUCUACCGGCAUUCGUGAUACUCGAUGGUCGCGUGGCCUUGCGAGAGCAUGCUACUUCACUUGGCGGUGGAAAAAGAAUGUGUAUUCGAAAGGCCGUGCCUUCAGCAGCGAGAGCUAUCUUUCGGCGCAAGACAACAGAGAAAGAUAGAGAUAAUAUCUCUGUAAUAGAAGGGUCUGUACAUGGUGCUGGGCCUCGCGUGAUUGCACCGCUACUUCCGUUCUGCGCCCGUGUGGACAGUGAGACUUGUUUGAUCUUAGAUAUCGAUGCCCGCAACACGCACUGGGCUGAGAUAAUCAAACGGUGGAGACAAAUAGGCGCUAUCAACGACAAAAAGUAA